CUCAUCCCGUCGUCCUCUUUCCCUUCGACCCUCACUUCGCAAGUCGACUUUUCUGUCUUCUUCUUUUGUUGGGCUGGACCCCGGAUGCCAGCGGUUCCACCACCAGGGCCGGGUGCCGCCGCAGUGGCGCAAGGGUUUUUGCUGCACUAUGGCCUCCAAAUAACGUCGUCCUGGCUCAACAUGCUUCUAUAUACGCUUGAAAUCCUGCUCUGCUUUCGAUACUUUCAGCGUAGGGGUCGCCCGCUCAUCCACCGUGUUGGCAUUGGGGCCAUGCUUGUCUUCGACACCAUUGGCACGGCUGCAGUCAACGCUAGCGCCUUCCUCGGAGUCUCUAUCUUUUUAGGGGCCACCAAGUUCUCCAGCCUUGCAGCGCCGACGACGAUUUCCAUUGUGAUGACCUACUCCACCGCCGCCGUCGAGCAGCUCUUCCUGUGUCAGCUGUACUACAUCCUCUCGCGAAACCGUAUCAUCAGUCUCGUGCUGGUCUUACUCGUUUCUGUCCACCUUGUCAUCUCGUGGGUCGGAGGAAUCCUCGUGGCAACGCCGGUCAUGCUUAUGGCGGUGACGUUCAAAGUUGCCGCGGCUGGCUCCAUCAUGUGUGCGAUAAACGACGUCCUCAUCGCUGUGCUUUUGGGAUAUGAGUUUUACAAAAUCCAGAAGGCGCGAACGCUGUUACGCGACACCUGGCGCCGUGUCCUUGUGCUUAGUCUCACUUCCGGUGCGCUCGUCGCGCUCACAACACUCCUUAUCCUGGCCCUGCUGCUCAAGGGCAAUCUCACUUUCGACUUCUUCUUCGCCAUUCAAGGCCGCGUAUACGCGCUCACGCUUCUAGGAAACUUCCUGUCUGGGCCAUUUUCGGGUGGGGGAUCCACCACCAAUGGGGGCAGCGGGAACGGACAGGCGUUGGUACCAGACACAUUCUACUGGUUCCCCAAGUCCGUAUCGCCGCCAUCAAUGCGGUCCAAUAUCAGUAAGGCGUCACUGGAGAAAGAUCUCCCCGCCAUCCCGGAGUCGCCCGGCACGGCCCGGCCCUACCCGGCCGACGCCCGGAGUUUCCGGUCCCGCGCCUCGUCACAAUUGCUCGCGCACAUCACCACCGCUAGCAGCGCCAGCUCGGGCCCGCGCUUCGUGCAACUACCCACUCUCGUCAAUGCGCGGCCGACGCUGCCCCUCCUCACCACUGGCACUCCGAUCCAAUCGCGCCCGCCGUCCGGCGCGGCAUCAAUGAUCCGCUCGCCGCAGUCGGUAUACUCGCCCGACACGAUGCCCGCGAUCCUCAUGAGCGCCGGCGGCUACAGCUACUACGGCUAUGACGGCGGAUACACUUCACCUUCGACCUCCCCCCAGGCUGGACGCCCGCGGACCUUGAUCCUCCCUUCUCAUCGCGUUGACUCGCUGCCCGGACCCGGUUCCGGUGGUGCCUUGAAUUCGCCACCGGUGUAA